UCCUGGAGUCAGCCUCAUAUCUUCUGCUUACAACCUCCCCCAUAGUUGCAAUUGCGGUUAUGCACAACAUGGUUUAUUAACUGAGAUGGGGUCCUGUUAACUUCUUUUCUGGACUGGCCUCAAACUGACAUCCUCUCAACCAGACUACCCUGUAUUACAGGUGACCCACUGCACCUGGACAUGGAUAAUUCCUGGGAUCUAGGUUUAAGAUGAUUGCCACUGUAACACAGAACAUUCUAGACAUGUAAGAGUAUUCAUCAUCUUAAAAGAAGUGAGAAGCCACUGAAAGGAUUUAAAUAUGACAUGACUUGUUUAGUAACAUUUAAAGGAUUUGGUGACUUAAAUCCUAAGUUCGAAUGUGGGAUGUGAAUUGGAAGGGACUGAGUAUUUUAGAGGAAAAAUUACCCUUGCUUUCUUAUGGAAUUGCCAGACAUCUAGAGGCAGAGUGUGGGAACGUGGGAGCCAUGUCACCUUUCCAGUGAGGAGAACGUAACCAAAGCCUUGCUGGAUGACAGUGAAGCCAUGAUGAAGAAGUGAACUGAACCUUUAUUUUGCUUGCUACUGCCUUGACUUACUGAGUUUUUCUCAGGCUAAUUGGUUUCUAAAUGAUGAAGAAUUGGAUGUGGUUGCAAAGCUAGGAGAAUUAGAGAAUUAGAAUCAUGCCUUAAAAUGUUUUGAUCACUUCAUCCAUUCCUGUAUCUCCUCAUACAUCAUCUUCCCCUUGGUGUUGCUCUUGCUAGCAUUCAUGCCUGCAUGGUCUGCAAUCAUCCUGAAGAACCAUGCCUGUUGCUUUACCUGGGGGCCAACUCAAAGGUGACAUCUGGAAGAUGGCUGACCACAACACUUCUGGGAAUUCCUCCUGUGAUCCUCUCCUGACGCCCCAUCUCAGCACACUCUACUCAGUCGUGCUCCUUGGGGGCCUGGCGGGCAUCAUCUCUAUCUUGUUCUGGCUGGUGAAGAUGAAUUCCCGCUCAGUGACCACCACGGCUGUGGUUAACCUGGUGGUGGUUCACGGGGUCUUCUUGCUGACCGUGCCCUUCCGCCUGGCCUACCUGAUCCAGGGCACCUGGGCAUUCGGGCUGCCCUUCUGCAAAUUCGUGAGUGCCAUGUUGCAUGUGCAUAUGUACCUCACCUUCCUCUUUUACGUGGUCAUCCUGGUCAUCAGGUAUCUCACCUUCUUCAAGGGCAAGGACAAGGUGGAAUUUUACCGCAAGCUGCAUGCUGUGGCCGCCAGCACAGCCCUGUGGAUCUUGGUCAUAGUGAUCGUGGUCCCAGUGGUUGUUUCUCAGUACGGGAAUCAAGAAGAGUAUGAUGAACACCACUGCUUCAGAUUCCAUAAGGAACUUACCCAUGACUACGUGCAGAUUGUCAACUAUAUGAUCAUCGUGUUUGUCAUCGCCACAGUGGCCCUUCUCCUGGGAUUCCAAGUCUUCCUCACCUUUUCCAUGGUGAGAAGGCUCCGCCACUCUUUACUGUCUCACCAGGAGUUCUGGGCUCAACUGAAAAGCUUAGUUUUCAUAGCUAUCAUCCUGGUUUGUUUCCUGCCUUACCAGAUCUUCAGGAUCUAUUACCUGUAUGUGGUUGGCCACUCCAAGGGCUGUAACCACAGCUUUGCCUCUUACAAUGAAAUCUUCUUGAGCGUGACAGCAGUCAGCUGCUGUGACCUGCUGCUCUUUGUGUUAGGAGGGAGCCGGUGGUUUAAACAGAAGAUCAUUGACCUGUGGAAUUGCCUCCUGUGCCGUUAGCUGAGACCAGAGUUUUCAUGUCUUUAUAGGCAGGGGCAGGAAGAAGGCCAGAUCAAAACCAUGCUCGAUACAGCAGAACUAAAGGAUUAUGAAAU